GUGCCAUCAUCGCAGAAAAGUCGAAACAGUCCAAGCGAUUGGGUGUGUUUUUCGCUCUCCUAUCGAAUGUCGCCGUGUGCCGUGAUGAGAUGCCAAUGAAAAAAGGCUUGUGUGCGAACGAAAGCUGACAUCAGAAAAAUACUACUAUUGUGCGAGUCGUGGAGUUAAGUUCGCUGUCGAUGAAAUCGUGAAGACAAAUUGUUGCUACUGCUGUUCGUGUUAGCUCGAUUUUGGGCGUGUAAUGUUGCGCAAAAGUGGCUGGAAGUGACCCCAGGUGAAGGUGUAACGUAUGAUUCAGCUGAUGUGGCUCGAAAUUGCGUGACUUGUGUGGUUUUAGAUUUUUCUGCUCAUCGAAUCCCCCAGAAACCCCAGAACACCCUCGCUGGAGAGGCAGCAAACAAUCGGCGCAUCGUGCUCUGAGGAAGGGGCGCAAAGUUUGUUGAUUUGCUAAAGUAAUUGUUUGGAAAUUCGAAUAGUAUAAAUGUGAAAUAUUGUGUGAAAUUGGUCAAUCGGAAGAGAGCGAUCCAAGCAAAGUGCAUUCUCGAGAAAAUCGUUUCCCAGUUUUCCAGUCUCAAGCUGUGGAAGUCAGUGUUAUUGUUGUGGUUUAGUGAGCAACCCGAAGCGAAGCUUGUGAAGAGAGCCUGUGUUUAUGUAUAGUGUGGGUGUUGCGAUGAGAUGAUGAAGAAGAGGAGUGGUGGGUGCGCUCGGAAGGCAGUAACCAGCAACCAUUAGGCCAUUAGUCUGUGAAUAAUGGAAGAAGUCCCGAUUGAGCAGCAUGUAGCCCAGAUGUGAUCAGCCGACCGAGAGAUAUAGUAGUAGCUGUGAUGCGCGUUGUUUGAUUUACUUUGGUUUUUCUGUUAUCUGUUUUAGCGAUUGCGGCAGGCGGCUAGUGAGUGUGUGUGUGUGUGUUUAUAUCUUUGUGGGAGUAGAUGGUUCGUGUACGGUACUUUGUGGUAUGUUGUAAAUUAGUUGCGAAUCAUAUGUAGAGCAGAAUCAAACGAAAAAGAAGCAAAUAAAGAAGGGAAAAACCACCCAAACCGAAAAACGCGAACCAACGUCAACGAAACUCUUUGUUUGCUUGCAUCAAAAAGCAUCGGCAAGUGACCACAUUCGAUCUGUGUUAGUUUCCUUAGUGCCAAAUUGAGGACAAGUGUUACGAGAAGCGUAUAGAAAAGAAACAGAGGGAGAGAUUCAAUCAUGUCACUGGAUUCGAUGGGACCGUCGACAGUAGGAGCCGGUGGUUCUGGCCCGGGAACACUUUCGGGCACCAGAAUGAUCCACUCACUUAGCACACCGUCCGGUGUGGACGGUGGCGUUUCUUCAUCGCACUCCCGGGGUGGCAAAAAGCUUGCCGUCCGUAUCCAGAUGCUCGAUGAUACGGUCACCAUGUUCCAGGUUCAGGCCAAAGCCCUCGGCAAGGUGCUCUUCGAGCAGGUAUGUCGACAGUUGAAUCUGCUGGAGGCAGACUACUUCGGCCUGGAAUACCAGGAGGCACAGUCAGGAACAAAGUACUGGCUGGACCUGGAGAAGGCGCUGAAUCGGCAAGUGGGCCUAUCACUCAUCGAACCCAUGCUACGAUUUUGCGUGAAAUUCUACACACCAGAUCCGCUGCAACUGGAGGAGGAAUAUACCCGCUAUUUGUUCUGUCUGCAGGUCAAAAGAGAUUUGGCCACGGGCAGCCUGCAGUGCAACGAUAACACAGCCGCUCUUAUGGCUAGCUAUAUCGUGCAAGCCUCUUGCGGCGAUUAUGCCCCAGAAGACUACCCGGAUCACACGUAUCUGUCAUCGUACCGCUUUGUGCCACAGCAGGAUUAUACCAUGCAGCGGAGGAUUAUGGAAAAUCACAAGAAGCACAUAGGGCAAUCCCCGGCAGAGGCGGAUCUGAACCUGCUGGAGACGGCACGCCGCUGCGAGCUAUACGGCAUGAAGAUGCACCCGGCCAAGGAUCACGAGGGUGUACCGCUGAAUCUGGCCGUCGCACACAUGGGCAUCGCCGUCUUCCAGGGCAUCACCCGGAUAAACACCUUUUCGUGGGCCAAGAUUCGCAAAAUUUCCUUCAAGCGGAAAAAAUUCCUCAUAAAGCUACAUCCGGAAAAUUAUAUGUACCACAAGGACACGGUGGAGUUCUUCUUCGAGGGACGCAACGAGUGCAAAAAUUUCUGGAAGAAAUGCGUCGAGAACCAUGGCUUCUUCCGCUGCUCCGCGGUGCAAAGCGUACAGCGACGGAAGGCACGUGUGUUGUCGCGGGGAAGCUCGUUCAGGUACAGUGGCAAAACCCAGAAGCAGAUCAUCGAGUUCGUUCGUGGAAACUACGUGAAGCGACAGACCUUCCAGAGGUCUCAGUCUUUCCGUCAGGGUCCUCUGCAUUCAAGUAACCGAAGUCAAUCACGCACUUCAUGUAAUGUGAAUCAAAGCAUCUCGGCUCAUCCUUUACUUCCGAUCGAAACCGCGGAAUGGGAGCGUCGCAGUCAGAGCAACGUCUUGAAGACGCCUUCUCAGAUGAGGAAACCAGCGGAUAUGGAGGAGGAUCACCGACCCGCCAGUCCUACCGGCCACAGUCGUUCUCAGCUCACGGAAGCCCAGGUGGAGACCUAUCCGACGAGGAGCUAUGCCCAAAUGGGCCCGGGAAUGGACUCAUCCACGGCGGUGGACCAACAGCAGCUCCACCAGAACUCGAGCCGCUCUGUCUCUCCGGGGGGCACAUGGAGUUCGCCAUACCAGCACAGCAACAACAGCAGCAGCCAUGCGCGCGAAGCCGAUCGGGCUCGUGCACGUCAAGACGGUCACAGUUCCGAUCUGAGCCACCGCCUCUAUGCCACUAUGUCCCCCAGUUACAUUCAUCGCAACCCCAAAUAUGCCACGCAGCAGCAGCAGCGUCGGGCCUCAGCCGGGCCGCUGGGCCAGCAGGGGGAUCGCAGCAGUUCUAUGGGGGAGACAACGGUCUCCUCCACCAGCCGGGAGAGUGUUUUAUCCCCAGUGGACAUUCGCACCAGACGCUCUUCGGCAAUCCAGCCACAUCAAAUGCUGGUCCAAUCGGCGGCCAGCAGUUAUCAAUCCCACAAUGCCACACUAGCCCGUUAUAGCAAUACGAGUACCUAUUCGAUGUCUAAGUCGAUCAGCACCGGAACCAAUCUGUCGGACGAUAUUGUCGAUAACAUUAUCUAUUCGGACAUUAGCGAUCUCUACCACCACAACCAGCGGGCCGCGCAAGCUUCCUCCGGAGCUAUGGCUUCGGCGGCCGCUGUUGCUGUAGAGGCUGAGAAUGCUAGUGCCGGAGAGGACGAUGAAGAGAUCAUGGAUGAGGUAAUAGAUGAGAAUGCUAUCCGCCAGACGUACGUAGAUGAGGAUGACGACGAAGACGAGAUCGACAUCCGCUAUGCUACGGCCACUCAAAUUAAGGCCAUGACUGGCGGAUCCAUUCCAGCCACAUUCAACAAUCUUGUUAACAAUGUUAAAAACAAUACCGUCGGCAGUGACGAUCUUUACGCAACGGUGAAUCGUAAGAGCAAAACCAAUAAACAACAACUAAAUCCGCAGUCGCAACAACAACAACAACAACAACAACAACAACAAUCUCAGCUAAUUCAAGCCAGUGCGAUUCACCACGCUGUUAAACAUUUUAGUGACGAAUUCAUAGACGAUAGUAUUAGAAAUUACAAUAGCCAUACCAAUAUAAAUGUAAGUAAUGUAGGCGCCGCUAGUGCUGGCCAGCUGAAUUCCGCCAGUGGUGAACUAUUUUCAAGAUCUUCAACCCAUUUCGAGGAGUACUACGGGGCCAAUCGUUACUCCGACACGUCGGAUUACUUCAGUCACAGCCAGCCGCACUAUUCCCAUUCACCAAAUUCCCACUCGCUAGCCACCACCAUAACGCACAAGAACGGACUCACCGACGAUGACGAACGCUACUCCUCGUCACAUCCACCCCCUGUACACCCGAGAACUUCCCACUCGUUGCCCCGCAAUUCGGAACUGUCCAAAAUCGACUCGUUGGACUCCUCGUAUAGUGGUGGUGGCGGUGAACAUCCGUUCAUCGGUCACCACUCACUCAACAAUCUUCCCAGUUCGUCCAAAGUCACAAAUGACUAUCUCCAUUAUUCGACACUGCUGAAGAACUCCGAUGACGGGAUGAACAGCAGGAAAACAUCCUCCGAGAGAUUGGAGUACGAGUUGUCGAACGCAAACAUCUACUCGACGGUCCAAUACAAGAGUGGAUAUGACGAGCAGGAUGACUAUGAAGACGAAUACAUCGGUGGCUAUCAGAGAGGUGCAGAUGGCGUUGGGAGAGAAGUCUGGCAGAGAAGUACCUCGUGUAAGGAGCUGUACGAUUAUGGCUACGAUACGGUAGGUCGCGGUGGCAGACCAGAUUUUUCCAUGCUCGAGCGUGAGUUUCUCACUUCUGAUCGAAUCGAUAGUCCGGUUACACGGUACGAUGAUUCACGACACUCGAUGUACGUUCAGAAAAAUCACUCCAUGGAUGUGAGCCAGGAAUUUCUGGCUGUCGACGGUAAAGUUUACUCGUCCAGCUAUCCCGGGACGACUUACAACACGAUAGAUCACAACAGUUACAAACGCCACAAUGGCAAUCACUAUGCGAACUUUGAAUACGGCUCCCAAGAUGACAUCUCGCACGACAGCUACGAGCUGUUGGAGAAAUCCGACGAUGAUAUAUACUACAAGGUCAAAGAGUCUCACACACGAUCCUGCUCGCUUGACUCCGGGAACUAUAUUCCGACGGACGAUGAGAGCGUCUCGGAGCACCAACUGCAUCACAUCUCACGCUUUGCAAAGUACCGUUCCAGUCUGGAGAGUAAAUCUAAGAGUACUGCGGACAUCGAUGAUCUGGACGACAUCUUCCUCAUGGAAGAUCCGAGGGACCUUCCCCGCGAGAAGCUAUGCGUGAAGUCGGAUGGUAGUUUCUACAAAAAAAUCAAGAAAGCGAUGGGUUCAAGAACUUCCAGUCCGGAGUCUAGAAGUGAUUACUAUGAGUCCAAGCUGUCGAAGAGCAGUGACUCGAGUAAAAAGUCGAAGGAUAGCGUCUACCACACGGACAGCAAUAAGAAGUCCCGAGAGACACUCAAAAGCAAAUCUGGAUCUGGCUUCAACUCGCGCACAUCUAGCCAAGACUCUAGGGACUCUUUCGGGAUGGAUAUUCUGUUGACGAAAAACUAUGAAAUGCCAACAACGACCAGUAAGAAGGCGAAAUAUCUCAGUAAACGAUUUGAUAGCAGUUCGCGGAACUCCAGUCAAGAUUCCAAGAGCGAUUACUAUGACGCCAGUGAGCAACCGAUCGAACUGGAGGACAUGGAAUCCGAUGAAAUCUACUCUCGGCCGAAGGUUCGCUCCCAUGAGCAUAUCGCGAGCGAGAUCGGAAUUCCAACCAAUAAAAGUUCAAACUCCAGCUUCUACGACAACCAAAUUUACUCGUCAACAUUUCCCAGUGCUCAAACGAAACCACCGGUCAAGUCAACGUCGCAUGUCACCUCCAUCUCGCUGCAGAACGUUGAGUUGGACCGUAACGCUCGAAGCUACCCAUCGUACAAAUCCCCGGAACCGAUAAUGCCUCAGGCGAUGCCAAAACCAAUCGAUAAGCAGCCUCCGAAGACGACGCACAUUUGGCCAGAAGAGAUCGAAGGACUGCCAACCGCCAUUCCAUGUGAUGCCCAGCGGGUCGAUCGUACGCGAGCCUUCCGCAAAAAGUCUGACAGUGAAAAUAUUUUCAGCUUUGACAAGGAGAAAAUUGAAUCGCUCACCAGCAGCAUGAACGAUGACACGCCAACGACUGCUAUUUUGGUGGAGACGAAAACGAAAAGUCCCGAAUAUCCUCUCACACCCGAGCUGUUGUCAGAAUUUGACAAACAGAAGAUCGAAUCACCCCACGCUUUGCCCAAGCAGACCCGCAAAGAAGAACUAAUGGCGAAAACACACUUCGAAGAGUACAAUCCAAAGCUGAUCCUCGAUACCCCAAUCCCUGGGGUACUAACGUAUACCCACGCUACCGUUGAGCGCACUAAAUCCGAUCCCAACUCAUUGGCAAAUCGGCCGCGUCUCGGACCCAACUCUCGACGCCACACGUUGAUGCAUCAAAAAUCCAUCGAUCUGACUCCGGCAGACUCGAGCGAAGAGGAGUACAUGUACAAGCAAAUUCCAAGCGCUCCGCCACUGUGCAAAACACAUGGCAGCCACUUUGAAAUCCCGCAAACGUACGACAUGAACAUCCCGGCUGUUGAAUUGCCACGGAAUGGGUUCGAAGUACCGAAGAGCUUCUUCAAGGAGUACGACUGGCGAACGCAUAAAGUUUUGAAGGACGACAUCCCCUACGUACUGCACAAGCGUCACAUCAUGAACGGGACCGCUCCGUCACCUGGGCUCGAAAAGCAGCAUCGCUACCCGAAACCGAAGAGUCCCAAAUCCCCGAAAAGUCCGAAAUCUCCUAAAUCCCCCAAAUCUCCGAAAAUAGAAACGCGAGAUAUGGCGACACAGAAAGAGAACACUCUGCGAGUGAAGGACGACUACGAACUCGAACCGGCAGACAAUGGUCAGGGAUUCCUCUUCACCCAGAACAUCGAUCUUUCCAAGGUUGACCCGGUUACGCUGGAAGUCGACAAGUCUUCGCAAACCAUUCAGAUCACCAGUCCGAAGCGAGACAUAACGAAGAAAAUGGAUCCCCUGAUGCUGGAGCAGUUGAACAACAAGCUUAGCCAAAUCGAGAGCGAUUCGGCAACGAGUUCUCGCACCGAUAGCAACCAGCAUAAGAAGUUUGAACCGAAGCCAGUCGAGCUUCCGUAUCAGAUUGAGAAGAAGAACACCGAACUUAUUGUGCCGAAGCGUGUGGUGAAGCCUCGUAUGGCUCCGGUAAAGACAAAAACCGGUAAGGGGAAGAGGAACGCGAAAACUCGAAUCACGUCCUUCUCGUCCGACGAUGAAAGCCUCGAUUCUGAUGACGUGUUUGGUUCAGCGGAAGCAAUGCCAACGAAGCUGGAAUUUUCACCACCUCAGUCCCGCAAGGAAAUGGAACCGAUUCUGAAGCACGAAUCGAGCAAGAUGGCCUCCAAUGCGUGGGCUCGCGGACAGACCAUGAGUUCGACAGAGAUCGAGGGGUCUCCGCCGCAGUGUAGAAAACUAGCUGAGCUGGAGAGUCGCUACAAUACGGGCUCCAAUCUGAACACCCAUCAAAUGACCAGCACGGAGUUGAGGAGAAUCUCCGAGCGAUCAUUUUCGAUUCCGAGCUCGGAGGAUGAAGCGAAGAAGGAGGAAUCUACGAAGGGGUAUCACAUGGCGGAGAAAAUCCCUUCACCAAUCAUCGAAUCAAUCGAGGUGCAUCGAACCGACAGCGAAAGUAAUUUCGGGUCUGCGAAGAACCAAAGAAAGGAUGUCGUGAAGAAGUUCAAAGAAGAUUUCCUGGGAGCGCCCGGUAAAAUAGAAUCGAAGCUAUCUCCCUCAAGAACGAAACUGAUCGAGGAAAUGAUCGAUUCCUCGAUCGUGAUGCGAUCGAAGGGUCACGCUCCAAUUUUGUUCGCUCAUGCUCGCUUGAACCUGAGUGAAGGAUCGGCGUUUGCAUCGCUGCAACGCCAGAGAGCCACCCAGGAGUCACCAACAUCCGGACGACGGGCGAAGAGCCUAGACACUCCUGUGAUUUCGCUUCACAAGCUCCCACCGAUGAAUGCAUUUUCCUCCAAAGAUGACACUGUGGGUUAUGAAGAGGAGGAAGGCGAGGUUCUGGAGGUGAAACCUCUCCAGAAGAAACAGAAAAUCAUCGAGGAGGAACAAGACGAAUCGAUACAUUCGUGUGCAGAUGCGAUUGUCGUUACCGACCCGAAGGCGUCCAGGAAAACAUCCACCAUCGAUGAUGAAGAGGUGAAGACGGUGCGGAUAGAAGACGACGAGUUGGAACUGUUGGAUCGCUUGAAGUACAUCGAGAAAAUUGAGCUGCAAGGGGUGAAGAUCAAGGAGAAACGUAAGACAAAGACUAAACUCAAGAGUGGCGAUCAGUUGAUUUUGGAGAUUCCAAAAUACAAAUUUGAACCUUUCAGCUCGGGUAACAGUUCAAUUAAGACGUCACCCGCUAUCAGUCGGGCCAGCAGUGUGGAGAGUACUGGGAAGGCACGUCAGAAAACUGACAGCGGUACACAAACUCCAACGGGUGGGGCGACGGCUGUCAAACAGAAGUGUAAAUCGACUAGUCCCAAGGGUUCGGAGAAGAUCCCUCAGCCGAAGAGGAGAGCUUCCGACGAGGUAAAAAAGAGCGCUGCGAAUGACAUUCUUCGUACCAAGAGCCAAGAAGCACUUAGUAAGAAAGGAAACGGUAAGGAAAAGUCAAAAUCGUUGGAGAAAAUGGAGCUGAAACGGCUGGGUAGUAGAGAGAAGAAGUCUGUGGAGGAAACUGAAUUGGAGCGGGCCCGUCGAAAGGAACGUCAGCAGAAACUGUACGAAUCGGCUAUGAAGCAAACUAUCAACCUGUUAUCUCCGGUUAAGGAUCAGUUGCCACAGUUCCCGGCUCCCGAAGAUAAAAUAUCGGUGAAAACAGAAGGCGAUAAGAUCAUUAUUGACGCGGAGUUCAAAUCGAAACCCGAGGACUCGGUUUUCAUCGCUAAAGCGCCCCGAAAACUGGACUGUGGUUUGACGAAGAUUAGUCGCAGCUUUGAGGAUCAAAAGAGUGUGGAGAAGCUGGAUAAAGCCAGCCGUAGUUUCGAUGAUCGUAGCAAAUCGUUCGACGAUCAUUCGGACCGUUCCGAGUAUGGCAAUACUGACGACAGUAGCAUGGUGUUGAAAUCUCCCGCGAAGCUGUCCAAGAGCCAAGAGUUGAAGCAGAAGAUCGAGGGCUCGGUGGUUCAUAAGAAAAUAGAGGGCAAAUCCAAGAGCUUGGAGAAAAAGUCCGAACCACAGUAUCUGGAUAUUGAGUAUAAAACACGCAGUCUCGACCAAAAUUACAUCGAUAACUACGUAGAAAGUACUUCUCCGGAUUCCGAUGGUAACAUUAAUAUCAGAAAAGAAGAGGUAGUGAAGGUAGAUGUUCAUCGCUCGAAGGUAGACCCAUCGGAAGCGGAUUAUGUGAGGGAAAAGGGUGCUCCUGAAGGCGAUAGCAAGAUGGUGGAAGAUCGUUCGAGAUUUGACAAGGGGAAAAGUUUGGAUGCAAACCUUGACGGGAAGGACAAGACUCCUGCCAUUGAAAGACGGUCACAAUCCCAACCAGACGAGUUCACGGGAGAGAUCGACAUGCAGGAUAUUAUUUCCGAACGCCGGACGUUGGAUUUGCUGAAAAGAAAGUCCGAGGAGCGAAUUUUCGAAUCGACGAGUACUUUGACAGACAAUGAAGAACCGAAACCAUUGAAAACAGGUAGCGACGAGUCGUUGACGGAAGUUAGUGAGAUGAAACCGGUGGAGCAAAAGGAAUGUUAUCUUCCCUGUCGUGUCCCUACGAUUGAGUAUGAGGAACCAUCCAUUGAGGAGGACCUAGAGGACCUGGAGUGUGCGCAAGCUAAGGCACGCCAGGAAAAGAAGGAAAUUAUGGGUAAGCUCAGCUUGGAGCGGAGCCGAAGUGAUGAGACUACAUCUUGGGUGACGAUUGCUAGCGAAGAAUACACGGGAACGGACGGAACAGGCCAGCAAGAGAUGCAAGAGGAGGAAGAAACUCGAAGAAUUGAAACUCAGACAACCUUCGAUGACAUCAAGGAUAUCGCUAUGCCAGAAUCUGAGAUAUCCACCUCGGACACUACAGUGAUUCCAACGAAGACAAGUAAAGCAGUUACUGACACAAAACCAUUCGACCGACCGCUUCCACAAAUUCCUGAGAAGAAGCAAGUGACCAAAUCUCCCCCAGCAGAAGAAUCGAAAAGUCUUGAAAAGACAACAGAACCCAAAGAGGCUUCCCAGCGUAGAGGUGAUUUUCUACGAUUAUCCAUUGAACGUUCCCGGAGCUCUGAUACCGGAUCUAGCAGGGAGAAUGAAACUAGUCCGGUGCGACAAGACUCGAGCACCUCUCGCGGCAAAGGAUCUUUGGACGAAGAAUCUAGCCUGAGUUGUUCAAUCGCUCGACCGCUGGGAAUCUCGCAGGAUAUGGAUUCACUGGAUCACUUGAAAUGUAACGAACUAAGAGAAGCCAUGCUGCGAAUGGAGGAGGUCGAAGAAGUUAAGACACCUGUGAAGAAAGCCUCACCAACCCUUGAGAAGCAGUGUCCCGUUGAUUUGGGAUCGGGAUCGGAGCUGGAUGUGGAUACAGUUGAGGAUCGCAUUUCAAGAAUUCUCCAACGUGAUGAAAGUGAAUCAAGCUCCGAUAAUGGAGCCACUCAGCGGCCACGGGUUGUGAAACCAGUGCGAGCAACGCUUAUGCACAAGAAGGUGUGCAGGACCGCUCUGCCAAACGAGAAGCAGCAGCAGCAGACGACCGCAGAGUUGAAGUCUGGAACAUUGAAAUUGUUAAGCGCAAAUGAUGAUCGUAGCUCUCUGGAAUCCAAGUCAAGCUUAGAAUCGAAGGGAUCUCUGGGAUCGUUUGAGACUGAAAGUAGUUCAGGUUCACUUGGGGCUGCCCAGCGAAAGGGUGAUUUGGUACAGAAGGAAGCCUUAUCGACGUGGAGGCCCUUCCCUAUCGAGAGUUCCGGAAGUUCGAGUGUUGAAGAGGGCUGGCUUCCUCCAGACCAGGAGAGCUAUGAAAGCUUCGAUAUCGCUACCGAAACAAUCGAGCUUCAGCGGGUGACGGCAACGGAGCAGAAAGAAUCUUCACCGGACGAGCAGAAGGAAAGCGAUUCUGAUUUCCAAGAUGAAUUGAACGACUUCCCAGCCACCUUUGGGUACCCGGAGAUGACUUCCGCACUAGGUAUCGCCAUGAAUCCGGUUGAUAUUCUUGGUUAUGGAUCGGGAUUCGGUAUCGGUAGAACGCUAUCGAGAAUCUCCGAGCGAAGCACAAACUCGGAAAAAUCAAGCGCCGAAGAAAUGGAAGCGGAGAAAUCCAGCUUCGAAGAUUUGAGUGUACACGAUGAAUCGGCGAUUUCAAGCGAGCAUCAGGCGAGCUUCAGCUCCGAUCUGCAUUCAAACUCAAACCAAGCGUAUAUUUCGGAUGCCGAUCGUCGGACAUCAGCCGAAAUGCCCGAUAUACCCUGUGACUCGGCGGCUGCUGAACGACUUUCCGAGAUUUAUCAAAACAACGUUGUGAAAAAUGGUCGCUUUACGGUUUCCAACGUCGCCAGCACUGCUGGGCACAAGGACGAAGAGAAACCUAAUUUGCAAGGUAUGUCCGCUGGUGGUAGUCAAGACUCGGAAGAUUGGCCACUGCCAGAGAUCCCAUACGAUAACACACCUGUCGAAAAGUAUGAUCCCAGUUUUAUUCCGCCUCACCCCGACAAACCGUACCCUAAACCGCAAUGGGCAGGAUCUGCUGUUACGGGUCAUUCCCAAGAAUCGGAGAACUGGCCAACGCCUCCGUCUAGCAUGUUGGACAUCCCGAUAGUGGAGAAUGUACAGACCUUCCGAGUCAGCGAAGCCCAGCAUCCGACCCAGGUAAUGCUGGAGUCUUUCACUGAACCUACAGGUGAUGAUGAUUCGGACCCGGACUACGCUGAAGUACCCGAUGAAAUACCCGAACCUCCCAGGCGUGAUUACAGCUUGACUAGUAGCGCAUCGACAAAGUCGAGUGCGACCGCUUCACCUUCUCUGUCGGUGGUUCUCCCGUACGAAAAUACUGCCUAUCUAAUGUCCGCCACGACUGAAAAAACAGCCUACGAAGGCUAUGAAAACGCCACUUGUCUUAGCAGUACAUUGGGGCCCGCAAGCUGUCUACGAACGACGUUCGAUGUGUGUUCUAGCCAGAAAUCAUUCUCGAAUCAGGGCAUCGGAAAAGAACCAAGCCCGGAUCGAGUUAUAAUAUCACAACCAACGAAAUCACCCCAAAACCUCAGCCCAAUAACCGACGAAGAUUUCUUCAUGAACGACGAUGUAUUCAUUCCGGGUACCGUGAAGAUUGAUAUAUCCCUCGACGAUAGUAAGCCCCCAUCCGAUUUCACCUUUCCAACGAAAUUCUCCCGAAGUUCGAACAAUUCCGAUACAUCGAUCGAUGACAUGCUAUCCACAUCCUGCGGAACCUACAUGGAAGAUACGGUACGUAGAAAUCUAGAGCCACGCAGAUUGAGCAACGAAUCGUGUAAAAAGUGUAGCCACAGUAGCCAUUCCGAGGAGGAAACUAGCUCUUUUGGAACCGAUCUGGACGGAACCGUUAAGAUGGGCUUGCAGCAGAAGCGUUGUACUCACAGUUCACAUUCGGAGGAUACAUCGAUUGGUCUUAGCAUCUCCGAGUGGUCAACCGGUACCAACACGGUGAGACAGUACGCGAACCUGUCCGGAUCGGACAGCCUGUCGGCUGUGUCCAACCAUUCGGGUAAUGCCAAAAGCGAGAAAUCUAAUCACACCAAGAGCAGUGUGAGUUCCAUUCACAAAUCCACCGAGAGUUUGGAGGAGAAGAGUGGAAGUCUGUCUAGCAGCAACAACAACAAGCGAUUCUCGCUUGAGAACAUCUCGGAUGCGAUUAGAUACGAGCCGUUCAGCAACUCCGAUACGGAUAAGUUCUCCUCCGGGACGAAGAGCGAUGACACGACGCUGACGCUCACGGAAAUGGCACAGACCAUCACGGAGUGGUCGACAAGUAGCAGCAAUACGCUGAUAGCACAGGCAGAUGCCCUGAAGCACAUCGAAUGUAAAAGCGAUCGACCGAUGACUAGGACGACUUUUGAGUAUAUUCCUUUGAAACCGCCGAAAGUGGUGAAGAAGCCUAUCGUGGAUGAUAAAUCGAACAUACCUGCUGUGCACGCGAAGCCCGUUUCCAAGCAGGUAACUCCGGCAGUUACUGUUUCUUCCGAAGUAGAAUUGAAGCCACCUCCUCCAGAUUUAAUUCCCAAAACGCCAAAAGUUGAACAGCCUCAACGACUCCCUCCCAAAAUAGUCGACAUGAUUGUGAAAUCUCCCAAACGUGCUGCCCCACAACCUCCCCCAAUCCAACAGCAACCUCUCGCGCGAUCGCCUAUUCCUAGAGGAGAGCCUCUGAACGAUCCCGAACCAGAACAACCAGUCAUAAACAAGCGACGAACACUGGAGAUGAUGUCCCAACGUUACGUCAGUCAAGACAUUUCCGAAUCCGAAACAAUAUCCGAGAAGCACGAUAGAUCAUCCGAACGUUACCAGAGCCAGGAGUCUAUUUCCUCGUCACAUCCGAGCAAACCACCGCGCGGAGAUUCGCUUCCCUCCGGUAGUUCGGUCCCUAUGGUGGAAAAACCAUUAGCCAAGCAUCACAGCUACGACGACAAAACACUCUCGAAAUCACAAAUCCGCGAGUAUAAAUCUUCCAAAAUGCGCCACAGUCAAUCGUUCCACGAGCAUCUGGUCUCCUCGGAUCUCAACAAGAUUGUGGAGGAAAAUCUGGGUAGUUCGUCAACCACCACCACACACAGCAGCGAAGCGACAGCCAGUACGGACAACUCUUCGCCAAUGUUUCCCCGGCCGGAGAAGUUGAUCCGUUGCUCACCGUAUUACUCGAGCAGUUUAAGUUCCGAAUCACCCCCCAUCCAGCCUUGUCAACAGCCCCCGGUUCAGAAACCACCCCGCAAAACGUCGAUUCCUCGCUGUUUGGUCCCAAAAAGCCCGCCCAGUGGAAAUGAUACCGACAGUUCGUUGGAUUUUAGACAGCAAGACCCAAAGCUUCGAUCCAGGGGCUACCGCAAAAAAAGGACGGUUCCGCUGAAGAAGAGUCGACUUGAUAACAAACCCCUGGAGCAUCAGGAAAGUUCCGAGUGCUCGGAGGGGUACUUCCCAGAGAUGGAGUCGGGUAGCUCGGAUAUCCUCGAUCAACAGCAGUACCAUCGCUAUCCCGAUUUCGAGGAGGAGUUGGAACAACUGCCGGAGGAUUACGAGGACGAAACGUUCCGCGUGGAGAGCGAUCGAGAGUUCAAGAACGGUGGUGGUGUGUACCCAAGCGCAUCGUAUUCCAACAAAUUCGAAAGUUUGGAUAUGAUGGAAAACGUGGACGAGAUGGGUUUCCCACGGUACGAUCGUUUGGGCCACAUCACGAAUCCGAAUCUGUACAAAUCGGACACUCCUUCGCCUCCGGUGAAGCCGGCAAGACAGCGUAAGCGUCAGGUCAAACAGCGCGAUGACGGCGGUGAAGCGGAAUAUCUGGGAGUUCAAUACACGCCCGAAAGUGGCAGCUGUUCGGAGACCAAAGCCGGUCUUUCGGAUGAUGUGUGCUACUCGAGUGAAGAUAGCUUUGCCGCCGCAUACCAUCAUCACGCGAUGGGUGGUGGCGCUCGCUAUCAGAAGAACGUCGAGAUACCUUAUCCGGAUUUCCUAUCAGACUACGAGAACGAAUCGUCAUCCGCCACCUGCUCGUACGCCAGGCGGAUGGAACACGACCGCCAGCGGUACGUACAGAUCGAACACGGAGACAGUGGAAAGCAAGAGGAAGAGAGCAUCGGGUUUGACUUGAAGGCGCUGCCACCUCCGAUAUUCAUCGAAGGCGAAGGACUGGACGAAGAAGAGUUGGGCGAGGAAGAAGAGGUGGAAGAUAAUGCAAUCUAGACGCAGGCGGACACACACCGGGUCGGGUUGUUGAAGUAUGAAAAGACUGAUAGGGGCAAUCGAUACCAAAACAAACGGAUGACGGAUGAAAACAAACAACGCAAAGAUACUGUUGCAGUCAAAGCUGAGUAACGAAACACCGAACGUCAUCUAUUAGUGAGAUUUUAUACUAAGCGCCAUCGAGUGUCAUCACAGAGUGAGAGGGAGAAAUGAAGAAAAAGAGAAACGAACCAUUUUAAAAACUGCUAAACUACGCAAAGAAACCGUUAGAUGGGUUGAAGAUUUUAAAUACAAAACAAUAUGAAUAUAUAUUAUAACUGUUACUUCAGUCUAAUCAAAGUUUAACAUUAUAUAUUAAUAGAAAGUCACAUGUAAGAAGUAACUAUAACGAAUAAACCCUUUAAAGAUAGGAACAGUAAGGUUUACCAUUUGCCCAUUUCCGGAAGAGAACAUUUAUUUGGUUCCCCCCAGAAAAUUUCUUUACCAUAUAAAUACAUAGUGCCAAAUUUAUUGAAAACUGAGUUCUUCCGAUUCAAACUCAACACAUCUUUAAUUCCCUUUCCCAAUUACCCCGUAACGUACGGGAAUUUUAGAAUGUAGGUAAAUAUACCAACCAAAAACGUGCAUGCAGAACAAUUGUUAUACUCUCACUAAGCAUAUUAUUACCAUUAAUACUGGAAACAGCAUUUAGAGAAACGAUUUUAGAUAUUAUACGGAAAAACUGUGCAUUUAUAUGAGCGAUAGUUAAUGAAUGGCAAGGUGUAGGUAUCGAAACGAGUAUAAUCAUCAACAGCCGGCAUAAGAAGUUGAAAGAGUACCCAGUGGUGUCUAUAUGAGAUUGCUGUUGAAUAAACUGUAACCCCUCUAUUCCCCCUAACUAAUAUUACAAUUUAUACCAAGAUAACGGAUCGAAACAAACUUUUAUGUUCGUUAUUGAUUGUUCCGAAGGAACUGAUAAAAAUGUGUCAAAAAUUUCUAACCAAGACCGUUAUUGUAAUACCUGAAACGGGAUUCCGUUCAACGAGGUUCCAUUUUUCCAUGUGUACCUAUGAAUUUAUACAAUCUGUUUGGUGGGUUUAAGUAACGUGACCAUAUAUUUAAUAAGAAUGAGAUGUAAUGAAUUAUUAGUGUUAACCUGAUGACCGUUUGUUUUGAUGACGAAUUUUCAAUUGUCGUAAUAAUUUAUUCGAGUGAUUACGAUUAAAAAAGUACUAAUAACAAUAACGAUAAGGUAAUAUUCUCAGAAUGGUAUAGUUUAUUAUAACAACGUUGUUUACUGUGAGCAAAAGUUUCGCUUUAUUGGAAAGUAUAACAUAAAAUAUGAUAAUUUUUCAGAGUAUUAAGGCCAAGUUGAGAGAUAAGCCACAAUAAGAUAUGGAUAUAGAAGCGAACAUAGAAAUAUUAGAAGAGUAUAAAUGCCAUAAACCAAAAAAAGGGAAUCUUACAAAUCCAAUCGCAUCAUCAAUUCAAUUCAUUCAAAUUCUACAGUAACAAGACAGCAAGUAGAACUAAUGACGCCAAACUCACCCUCCUCUAACUAGAACCAACUCAGACUUAAUCGAAAUCCAGAGACCCCUGGUCACUGACCACUGACCCCGAAGAGAUUAUAAUGAAUAAUAUACCAUGCGCUAGAACGAUAGAGGGAAGUGAGGAGAAGUGAUCCACAAGAAAGGAGGCAAGGUACGAGGAAGGUAAACCUUAUUAUUUAGCUAGUCAAUAGGAAGCAGUCAGCAUUCAUGAGCGAUUUACUAUGCGAAAAACAACAUAACCCAUUACUGGUAGAAUAAAUAGCAAGUUUGGAAUCUUUAAAGCAUUUCGAAAAAUUUAAACCCACUUGUGUUUCAAUUGGCGCUCGGCUCGCGUUUGUUUGUAAAUCAAUUUGAUGUGACGAAAGCAUAGUUCAGGGAACCCUGUCGACUAUACUUUCAGCGCAAAGCUUCCACCUUCCUUCCAACUCAUAGACUUAUUCAAAAAUCGUUGAACAUUCCUAAGGUACGCACUGAUUAAAGUGAGGCUCCAUUCCAUCAGCAUGCAUAGGAUUCAUAGAACUUUUUUUGACUUGAGAGUUAAUUGUUUUUAAUUAAAAUGUUUAGAUUAUGCUUUAUACUAUAGGUUAGUUAGUUAUUGUUUAGUUUUGAUAUAAACUUAUUUUAUUAUCGUUCCGUAUGAAGCAGACGUCGUACGACUGCGCUAGUACAGUUAUUAGACUCAAAUAAUAAGUUCAUUCUCAUUAUAGACUGCUUUAUUAACGUGUCUUAGCAUAACAAGCUACGAUAUUAGAAAAAACAAAACUUAUUCACGGCGAAAAUGGUUCGGUAUUGACGGACUAGUCUAGAAAAAAAACAGGGAAGCUCUGUAGUUACGUUCAUGUAUUCGGUCAUGGAGCUACUAAUCUACAUAAGGCACAAAUUCCGUAACGCUAAAAAAUCGGAUUUUGCUCAAGUCUAACUUUUGUGGUAAAGUUACGCAUGAUAUAGUUUAUCAAACGCAAUUUUGGCUAAUUUCUUGAUGUUCAUAUCUGUCUUUAUAACCCGCGUGAUGUUUUGUUCUUGUUCGAUUGAAACGAAAUUGAAAAGAUUUGGGAGCAAACAUAAACAUGAAACUUUCGGAAGCAACUUAUCCAUUAAGGUAUGUGCACAGCAAAACUUAGUCACAGGAAACUAACUGCAUCUUUGAUGUUGAUCCAUAUAUUUUGGUGACCAAAACCAAUCAUGAAAAUUCAAUGUAUAUUUUAUUGGCAUUAGUGAAUAAUUCUAAAAUGGAAUCAAAGCAACAACAAGUAUGUGAGAAAAUUCUGCCAAAAAGCGUUGAAAAUCCGUCUAGGUUGCAUCAUGCUAGCGUUCAAAAAUACGCAGUAGCGUUCUUAAACGUUCCGAGAGCGAUUGACUGUUGAUCGUUAACAUGGAUCCGGUGGUUAGCUUGAAUAUAUCUUCAAACUGACGUGUUUCACGCCUAACCUUUUUGACCAAAUCUAACCACAUUGAUCACAUCUUCAGUGGUUUCAGUAAAAACAUACUAGGCAAUUCUCCCGCGCGAUUUGAUAUGGAACAUUCACAUGGAACAUACUACCAAACAAGCAGGUGACCACUUUGCCCUCUAUAACUAAUUUGCCCCCACUAUCCCUACACCAGCAACGCCAAAUUCGCCGACGGCAAAAUAAGUUCAAGAGAAUAGUUGAAGGAACGGUGACGGGACGUUGUAUGUGUAGCGCACAUUACUGUGUGGUAAUGGAUGAUGUAACCAACUCAUCCUCAUACUCAUCAAGGUCAUCGAACAUUUUAAAACCAAAAAGCUAUCGAAGUUCGCUAAAAAAGUCACGUUUUCGUAACUUUUAUGGAUUAACGAAGGCAGUCCGAUAAGUACUUAACCUACAAAAAAAAUUGGAAAAGUGGUGAUUUAUUUCUCAACAUAGUCUUCUUUCAGCUCGAUACACUUGACCCAGCGAUGCUCCAACUUCUUCAAUCCAUCUGAAAAAUAAGUUUUCUCGAGGUCUGCAAAGUAGGCCUCCGUGGCGGCGAUCACCUCCUCAUUCGACUCAAAUGUCUACCCGGCGAGUGAUUUUUCUUGUUUGGAAACAAAAAAAAAAGGCGCACGGGGCCAAUGCUGUAGAAUACGAUGGAUGGGGCAGCAGUUCGUAGUGCAAUUCGAUCAAUUUGGCCGUGGCGACGGCGGAAUUUUCAUUUUUUUCCACUUUUCUAAAAUCUGCGGACACGCCCGCUUCCACACACGGUCAAAACAAAACUAAAGGGCAGUCCGAUUCGGCUGAAAUUUUGACAGUAGCUGUUUACGAGAAUGUACUACGCAGUAAAGUAGUUUUCAUUUCAGGAACCGUUUAUUCAUUUCGUUGACACACAAUACAGAAUCGAAUAAAAAUACCUUCAUUGAGAUUAGCAUGCUCAAAGGCAGUUGUUAAUUUUCAAACAUUGAAUGAAAAUUAUUUUGAAAUGUGUUGGCAUAGUCCGGAUCCGUAUAUAAUUAUUACUAAAAAAAACUCAAAACUAAUUUUUUCCACCAGAACUUUUGAAAAGUGUAACUCAAUAGUUGGACGAAUUGCCCUAACAAUAAGGAAAUAGCUUUUGUUAGUGAUAGUGAAAAAUAUGAUCAUAACGCUGAACCUAACUGUCCUGAUUAUAAAUUAAGAUAUUGGAUUUUCAUCGAAAACGGUUGAAAUCGGUACCUCGAAUAGCUUCAACGGCUCAGGAUGGAGAUUGAGCCGUUGAUAAUCAACCGUGCUUGAAAUCUCCAUAUCCACCAAGUAUGUAAAAUUACCCUUGACGAACAAACGACUUAAUCCGGCAGCGAAAUUAACAAUAUUUACCAAGCCCACAAAUACAUUACAGGUUGCAUUUUCUCCCAAAAACGGCUCCUAAAAAAACGCGAAAAAAAUCAUUACUAGACACUGUUUUCGCUCACGAUUUUUUACCACUUGGACAAAAUUCGUUACACUUUUGCUUAGAAUAUUCAUUUGAUAUGGAUAAUUUGAUUUUCAUUGAUAAUUUUGUCCCUUAAGAUGUGUUUAUUUUUCCCGUCGAAGAGAAAGCGUCAUUUUCUACAGAUGAAAGAUGAUGUUUCUAAUGUUGAUAAUUUAUGUAUUUCAACCUAAUUAGCUCUGCUGAACAUUAUUUUUACAUUUAACGCUUACAAUAAUCAAAAUAAAAUCCAUUUCUUUUGUGAAACUACUUGCUACUUGCUUCGAUGUCCCGAAUAGUAAAUCAACAGGCCUUCCCGAAAUCUGUCAGCCAUCCGUCUUGAAUGGAUGUUUCAGACUACUCUAAUAAUUGCCCUUCUCGUACAGUAUAACACUGUGGCAAAGACUUAAGCCUAGUUUAUACGGUGCGAGUAAGCAUACGAGUCGGUCUAGUCAGUUACUGCAGUGCAGCUACUCACACCGUGUGAACACAUCAUGCCUAUUCAUCCGGCGUGCGAGCUACUUCAAAGUUUUUUGGUUUUACUCGCACUCGCAUCCCUCAAAACGUCAAAAACAGCAUUUAGCGAACGAAUCAGGGAUGCCAAAUGUAAAGAAAUGUCUUCAUUUUGAAGAUAUUCAAAAAUAUGCGAAGCUAUGAACAGACUUGAAAAAUAUUGGAAAAACAAAUAAAACCUUCAUAGUUUCUGAACGGAACCGGAGUUAUUUUGUUUUGCACGCUGGCGUGGCAUGCUUUUUUUUUGAGAUAGUUUUCUUGGAAAUCUAAAUAUAAAACCAUUAUCAGACACAAUCUUCAUUCAAAAUUCACUCACCAUUUGCAAAAAAAAAGUGUUGUUCCAAGAAAAAGAAUACAUAUAUUCGAUUUGAAAAAGUCCAUUUCCAUUAAUUUUUUUAUUUUUGACGCGUAUUUAUUCCACCUGUGAAACUACUAUCAUUUUCAUUUCAUAAAUUGGUACGCGAAGCUGCUGUCAAGGCGAAAUAAAUAAAAUUAGAUAAAAAUUUUAGACUCCCAUUGCUAUGUAUGUGAUGCUAUAUCACAUACUUUCUGAAUUAUUUUAGCUAUGGAUGCUUUCGAGAUUCUAAAAAAUAUCGACAUUAAUCUGAACGAUAUUCCAGAAGAUAAUUACAUCAAUGUCAUUUCUAAUUUCACUGUUGCAGGUAUAGCAUCCCUCAUGAGUGUAUCUUGGCGUUGUAUUUUUGGAGCAAUUAAAUCCAACAGUGUUUCCGCUUGUUCUGGUAUUAUUCUUAACACUGCUCUGUACUCUCCGGGAUCAUCAUCGUAGAGUUCCUUCAAUGUUAUAUUUGUUGCUCCUUUUCUUUGCAUCCAAUUCCUGGUCCGAAUCCUUUUUUUUCUUUCUGAUUUUUUCGGAUAGUACCUUCAGUUCAAAGAAAUUCAACACAAAGUAUUUUUAAACACGGUCAGCAUGUGUUUCGCGAUAAAAUUGUGUAAUCGUAAAUCCAACUGAAAACCUGAGACGAAAACUGCCGAUAGAGAAGUCGAUUUCGGAUCAAUCAUCUCACAAAUUCGGACCUGAUUGCUGUUUCUGACUAUUUGAUGGAUAUUUGAAAAAUCUUCUGGCAUCCCUGAUAAACUCGUGCUGUAGUAUCAGUUUCUCGUCAGCAGCUCACACCGUGUGAACGGACAAGGCGAGUCAACCAAUUGUCAGGCGAGUUCACCGGGUCAGUAGCUGCUCGCUGUCAAGUCAGCUACUUGCAACGUAUAAAUGGGCCUUUAUAGUUGAAUUCUACGUAUGUUUCGUCGUCCAUUAUUAAACACUUCGAAUUCUCAGCAAACGUCGUAUCGUAUAGAUGACGAUGAUUCCCGUUCUGACCGGGGGAUUUUUCGUCAAAUAAAUUUCCUUCGACUUGCACUGUGGUCACGCGUAUUCAAAAGCUUGCCCCUCGGAAUACAUUCAAGGCGUGUUAUAUGGCUUAAGAAAUCUCAACCAAGUAUUAAUAACUUUAACUUUAAUGAUAAAUGACGCUAGUUAAUGCACACGUUGAGACGGCAAAAGUUCCACAAAGGAACGUUAACGCCAUUCAAGAAGAAGAAAGCCCUGAUCAACAGGCUUCAUUCCUCGCUGCGUAUAUUCAUUUGGGGCAACAAAAGUGAAUACUGUCAUUCGGUCAGGUAUCUGAGUCAUCCAUGCAUGUUAGGUUAUAUAUUCGUGAAUGGGUAGUAGCAUGACACAUUGUGAUUUAAUGUCAUUAAAUGUCAUUUGACAUUAAAACUGCAGUGGUAUGUAUUCUUUUUCACUCUUUAUUAUGCAUUCAAGUGUAACUGCACACAUACAUCCACCUCCUCACUCACCACUCAUACAUGCAUACACGAUGAAUGGUAUUUAGACGCAUUGCUUAUAUCAAAGCAGCCGUCAAACUCUCCCCUAUCAAAUCCGAAUGUGUUGAAUGAACGUUUUAAGCGGUGAGCGUUUCCCGUGAACAUUCCUCCUCCUGAAUGGCGUUAACGUUCCCUGUGGAACUUUUGCCGUCUCAACUUAUGCAUUAAUUAGCGUCAUUUAUUAACACAUAGUUGAGAUUUCUUAAGCCAAAUAACACGCCUAGAAUGUAUUCCGAGGGGCAAGCUCUAGAAUACGCGUGACCACCGUGCAAGUCGAAUGAAAUUUCUUUGACGAAAAAUCCCCCGACCAGAACGGGAAUCGAACCCGAACACCCGGCAUGAUAAUGUGAGACGCUAACCACUCGGCCACGGGUGCACUGUUCUUUAAUUACGGGACGAUGAAUAUCUAAUGAAUAAGAUGAAAAAAAAGUGGAAAUGUCAUAUGCCAUUUUUGGUUCAACGGUCGUUUGACUGUUGAUUUUAUGAUGUUCAUUAUUAACACAGCACAUACGUCUCCGUAAAUAGUCAUUCGAUGGUGACCAUUAGCAAAACUGCUCCGAGCAAGUCGAUAGUAUUGACCAAGUGAUAGCUAUCGGUGCAACUGUCAGAGUUUUUCGAGCUGCUUGGUUUGCUUGUUGCAUACCUUCAAAGAAUUAUUUUGUUUUGGUUUGUGUCCCUGAUAUUUUUCAUUGGAAAACAUUUCAGAAACGCUUAAAUAUAUGCAAUCGCAGCACAUAAAAUUCGAGCUCGGUAAGAUGAUGAUGUUGAAUUAAAGAGGCUUUAAACUUUUCAGUUCAUUCGCCUCUAAGGCUAGCAACGGUUGUUGUUGAAGAGAGAGGCCCGAGAAAGGCUAUUGUUAACGAUUCUUAUCUUUGUUGAAAGUCAUUAUUCUUCGUUGUAAAACUGCCGAUGUAGAGCUUAGAUUAUUAAAAAACUGGGGCACUUUCGAACGUAUGUAUAUUCUAACCAUUAUUUCAUUUUCUAAGGAUGGACCAAAAAUAAGAACAUUUAUAUUUUAUGAAAAACUGAAACAGAUCAUUCUUCGAUAAUUCGAAGAAAUUCUCUGAUUCUCCUAUGGGGUGAUUCGCCCUCUUCGGUCACGAUCUGCCAGCUGGUUGCACCAAUUCUUCUCCUGACCAAUGUCACUGGUGACUGCUCCCGCUUCAUUAUCCCCCGAUACUUAUCGAUGAACAAGACUGGGGACAAUUUGAUGGAUUGGGCGCAUUCAGAUCCAAUGUCGUUGUACCAUUGUAGCACAUCCUUUCUGUAAUGUCAGCUGGCUAGAUCUGGCCAAAACGUAACUGAGCCAUCAUGAGAUCCAAUAAAGGGUAAGUUGAAUACAUCCGGAUUAAUAGUUUCAUUCGUCACAAAAACACAGGACAGAGAUCUUGACAGAUCUUGAUUUUUUUCUCGAGCUUCUCCGCAAAAACAAAUUUGAAACUGUAGAAUUAUAAGUUUCAUUGUCUAUCAAGACACAUUCAUCGCGUUUCCGGUCACCUUGAUUCUCUGGUCACCGUUUGUAGUUUGAGACUUCAAUUGAGUUGUUUUCUUGUUCGGCAACACUUGUAGCCUUCCGUUAACUGAUUCGCUGAAUAUUCAACGAAAGUUUCGUUUCCGUUUCCGACUCUCGACUGCUGAAUAAUAAUGGUUGUAUUCUACUUUUGCUCACUUUCCACCAACCCGAACAUCACCCGUACAUUGUCUGUCUCGAAGCACUCAAGCUUCUCAAGCACUGUGUAUUGUUGUAGUUCAUCUUGCGCUCGAGCAUCUUACGAUGUCCGUGCAAUCGUAACAGACUCGAUUUAUUUAUCUCAGUGAAAUACAAAAACCACGAGGAACGCAAGCUGAACGAACCGGCCCAAACCUGUAGAUUAUCAUUGACGUCUAGAGGAUUCACUGUUAGUCCCAUUCGAUCAUACCUCCGCAUCUUGACGCAUCUUCGCGACGCUCUGCAACUAUUGUUUUGUAUCCGCAUGUUUUAUGAAAAUAAAUCAUAGAAGCAUGCCUUACACAAAAUUAUUAGUCUUUCUGAGAUUAAAAUACUUCACAUCUUCGUCAAAAGCAUUAGGUGUACCGGUAAGUAUAUGUCAAAAAGUUGAAGCGUAAACAACAUAGUUUUUUUGCCACUUCGAAUAUGUCGAAUUUCGUACCAACGAGAGUGUUUUUGCGGGGAGUGUUACUUCAUUACUUCAAUAUGAAGAAAAAAGCUGCGGAAAGUCAUCGCAUUUUGGUGGAAGUUUAUGGUGACCAUGCUCUAACUGAGCGAACGUGUCAGACGUAGUUUGCACGGUUUAAAAGUGGUAAUUUUGACUUGGAAAACGAAGAACGUUCCGGACCGCCAAAAAAGUUUGAAGAUGAAGAAUUGGAGCCUUUACUCGAUCAAGAUCCGUCACAAACGCAACAAGAACUUGCAGAUACACUUGGAGAAGCUCAGCAAACCAUAUCCGAUCGUUGAAAAGCAAUGGGAAUGAUCCGAAAGAUGACAUUGGGUACCGUAUAAAUCGAAGCCACGAGACGUCAAACGCCGUUUUUUCACGUACGAACAACUGCUCCAACGGCAUAAAAGAAAGGUUUUUUUUUCUGCAUCGAAUCGUUACUGGCGAUGAAAAGUGGGUCCAUUAAGACAAACCUAAACGUCGGACAACGUAUGGAUACCCAGGCGAUCAACAUCGACGGCCGCGCGGAAUAUUUACGGCCAGAAGGUUAUUCUGUCUAUUUGGUGGGACCAGCUGGGCGUGGUGUACUAUGAGCUGCUAAAACCGAAUGAAACCAUUACGGGGGACCUCUACCGAUGACAAUUGAUGCGUUUAAGCCGUGCACUGAAGGAAAAACGGCCACAAUACGAGCAAAGACAUGAUAAAGUUAUUUUGCAGCAAGACAAUGCUCGCCCGCAUAUCGCGAAACCGGUCAAGACAUACUUGGAAACGCUAAAAUGGGAAGUUCUAUCCCACCCGCCGUAUUCUCCAAACAUUCCUCUAUUCCGUCCGAUUACCACCAUUUUAGAUCGAUGCAACAUGGCCUGAUUGAGCAGCACUUUUCCAAUUUUGAUGAAGUCAAAAAUUGGAUCGAUUCGAGGUUAGCCGACAAACCGACCGAUUAUUUCCGUAAAGAGAUCCGUGAUUUGCCAGAAAGAUUGGAAAAAGUUGUGACUAGGGAUGGGCAAUACUUUGAAUAUUAAAUUUGUAAUGAUUUUUGCAGAAUAAAGCAUUAAUUUUUGUAAAAAAUACGAAGAAACUUGCCGGUACUCCUAUUACGAAUCAGGCUUGAACGGCAUUUGCUGUGCGAGCUAGAAGAAGAGAACACAGAAGGGUAUAGUUUUCGGACGAGGAGAGCUGAUUCCAAGACACCAUGGAUUCCUCGCUUAAAAAAUUUGUAACCAUCUACUGAUCACGGUGUAUUUGAAGCAACAAAACGAAACAAAUCGCUACUCGACCAUUUUGAGGAAAUGGUUCGAAAGCCAAAUAACUUUUGAAGAAAACUUUCUUGUAUUAUUAAUAACUCUUUUGAAUUUAUUUUCAUGAAAUUAUAUUUGUGUCUCGUUAUUAUAGCAUUUACAUUAAUCGUUGGUUUUCAAAAUGUAUUUUUAUUUAAUCAUUGCAUGAGCGUUAUUUAUUAUUAGCAACAGGUUUUAUUUUCUCAGUUUUAUAUAAUUUACCUUUAUUUUUUUAUUCGCUUUAUUUUCGGUUUUCCCAUCACCAUCGCACCAUCUGCCCAUCUACGCUUCCACACAGAUGACUACCACGGUAUCAACGGCAACGUCUCGCUGGAUCGUCGCA